CUUACACUUCCGCUCGAAAUUUCACAGGAAAUGAACAAAUCCCGGUGAAGUCUCGUGAACUUUCAUUCGAGCACCUCAGGAUUUAUUACUUUUUAAGCAACGAUAAAGAAAACAUUCCGAACACAUUCGCAGGGGUGGAAGAGCUUAUUAAGAAUCAGCUGGAUGAGGCGAAGCGGAAAAUAAACAUUUUGCGUGAAGUUUAUGACCACCAAACUCCAAAAGCAAAGUUCUUCGAAAAUCGCCAUUUUGUAGUGCUGGUUGAGUUACAGAAAGGAGACAAAGAAAUUCAGCAGCUGGAAGAACAAAUACAACAUCUAAGUAGAACAGCACGUGACAAAGAGGAAGAACUAACGGAAAAGGCAAAGACAAGUGAUUCAAGGGAACACUUUCGUAAGGCUGCGGUGAAUUAGACCCAUGUUCACAGAGGGUACGAUUCUACUAUUAAUUGGAAGCGCAAUCUACCAAAUUCCAGAAUGGGCCGAGGAGGAACAAGUACCAGGUUCCACAGCAGUACGUUUCUUCGGAACAUGGGGACAUGUUUAUCGGGAGGAAGUGACAAAUAUCACCGUUGUGACCAAAGAUGGCACCUUUUUGAUGGCCACUGUUAUCGUUAUGUGCAGACAUUCGCUAAUUGGAAUGAGGCAAAGAACUGAUGCAGAUACAUGUGUGUCGAACGGUGAUCUUUGCUGUAAUUUGUGGGUUGGAGCCAGUGACCUGGAUAGAGAGGGCAUGUUUCAAUGGAUAAACAACAACUCCUUGACCUUUACCCAUUGGUUUCCCGGUGAGCCGAACGGUGGAGGCAACGAGGACUGUUUGCAAUUGUGUAACAAUGGUCAAUGGAAUGAUGAGAGCUGCUCUAAUAACGAAAAUGCUCUCUGUGAAAAGGAAUUAUAAGCUUUGCACAAGUAAUAGCUUUCAAUAAAGCUUGCCUGACAACACAAAAAUUAUUCAAUGGAAGCAUGCAUGUUCAUGUAUCAAUUAUACUAUCUUGUAAGAAAUGAAUUUUAAUUUUCGCUGAUGAUUAUAAAUUCAAAAACGAAACGUGCAUUUUUAAGAAGAAAUUCAAGUCUUAUCUUCGAUCUUUUGCAUGUUCAUGUGUAUCACUUGAAAUUAAAUUAUUUCAUAAAUUCAAAAUAUAUUUGGAAUGAACAUAUUAUAUCAGGAUUUACUUGUAAGCUUGACAGCGGAAGAUAAAACAGUUAAAUGUUUAAAUUGUGUUUCUUUUAAAAUUUCCAACUUUAGAAAAUAUGAAAGGAUAUUCAAUCAUGUAGCAUUGUUUUUGAAAGUGUGUGGGGGCAGCUUCAUUCAAAACAUCUUGACAAUCAAUCAAGACAAAAUCAGGAGAGAAAAUCCUAAUUGUAACUUCAUUUCAAUUCAAUUAGAAUUCCUUAUUUC